UUUGUGCCCCACCACGGCAAGGCAGGGGAGGGAUCCCGUCCGCGUCCAUUCGCCGCCCGAGGGAAGGGAAGGGGGAAGGGAAGGGAAGAGCAGCGAGCGACGCAGGCAUCGGCUCGGCCCGCCGCCGCACCGCCCUCGUCCACCGCCGAUCCGAUCGCCGAUUGCUUUCUGCCGCCUCGCCUCACCGCGCGGCAAUAUUUGGAACCCUCGCCGCCGAUCACCUCAUGCCGUACCACUGACCGAUCCGGUCCCCGCCCCCGCCCCCGCCCCCGCAGUCGCAAUCUCCGCCUUUCGUCUAUCGCCCCUGGGAGCGCUACCGGCCGAUCGGAUUAGGGUGAGGACGAUGGCUACCAGCGCCGACCUGCAUGCUGCCGUCGCGGGCGCGGGGACGCCCCCUUCCGAUAGCCCCCCGGCCGCAAAGAAGGCGGGGGCCGCCGCCGCUGCCGCCUGGAAGCGCCCGGGGAGCGCCACGGUGCCGGCCGUGGUUGCGGUUGGAAACCCCAUCAUGGACGCGGACUCCUGGCCUGCGCUACCCGGGCUGGCGUCUCCCCCGCCGCCGGCUGCGGCGGCGGUGGCCAAGGCGUCGCCGAAGGCCACUCCUCCCCCAUCCACUGGGGCGGUGAUCUCGCCGGUCUCUUUGGGCAAUUCCGGCGCAUCGGAUGCUAACCCUGAAAAUGAGGCUCCUGUGCGCAAUCCUGGGGCCCGCCGUGCCCUGGUGAUGCCUGCUGGGGAUGGACUGGAGAAGAGUGCCGCUGCCCCAGAGCUGUCGCCUGUGUAUGUGCCAAAUGUCCAGAGCAAUGGUGGUUAUCAUUAUCAGAAUGGGCGUUUUGGUAACCAUCCCCAUGGCAGAGGUGGUGGCUAUGGUGGGGGGAACAGGAGGGGUAAUGCCGGAGGUGGGGGACGACGUGGGCAGGAAAACCAUGGGAGUUUUGAUGGACCAAGGCGCGGUGGUGGUCGCAGAGAUGGGCAUGGACAAACUCACCAGCAGCGUGGCCACCAGCCAUCGUAUAUUAGGGCUCCUCAUCUGGCUGUUGUACCAGCAACACCUCCGCCUCCGCCACCAUUUGUUAGCCCUGCUACUCAGUCACCGCAUUAUGGGGCGCCUAUGGGUUUCCCUGCAGAAAUGGCACCACAUGUUUACUAUUUCCCGGCUCACCCCUCGGAAGGCGUUCAAGUCCUGCCUUUUGUGCCUCAUCCGACAAGCCCUCAAACUAUUUUAAUUGACCCUAUUCGAAAGGAGCUUCUGGUGCAGAUAGAUUACUACUUUAGUGAUGACAAUUUGUGCAAGGACCCAUUCUUGCGACAGAAUAUGGAUGACCAGGGUUGGGUGCCAUUAUCACUUAUCGCUGGCUUUCGCAAGGUCCGAAAGCUGACUAAUAAUAUACAGUUCAUAUUGGAAACAGUCCAGCUAUCUAACGUUGUGGAAGUACAGGGUGAUAAAAUACGGAGGCGUGGAACAUGGGAGAGUUGGUUGCUUCCAAAAGCAAGUUAUGUUGCUGGCUGUUCUUCUGGUUCAUCGUUCCCUGUGACAUCUAACAUUGAUUCACUGGCAUCUCAGUUUAAGUCUGUUAGACUUGAGGGGGCAACUUACCACACUAGCAUGCAAGGAAUGCCCGGUGAAGCUCACCUGACUAGAUCAACCACCUCAAUUAGUCUGGGUUAUCAUGUACCAACCUUGGGGGGACUACACAACACUACGAGUGGACCACCUUUUGAGCAGAAGGUAGCAAGGAAUUUACUCAGGAGCGAUACCUUUUAAGGUCAUACACAAGAAAUAUGAAGUACAGUGGCAGGCCGAAUUUUCAUGGUGACGGCGCAGACCUUAUCUACUUGAAUGAGUUAAGACACAAUUGGCUAAAAAAACAAAAAAAAACAUAAUUAAAAAUGAGACAGAAAUACAUAAAAAUGAAUAAAAACGGAAAACAAAAAAAAAUGAAAAAAUGAAAAAGAAAAAGAGAGAGACAUAGGUAGCUAGGGUUUAUGUUGAAGCACUAUGAGUUAUUCGGAUAUUGGCUCUUUUUGUGUGAUGAGUUAUUCGGAACUGUUGAAAUUGGACGAGACUAUAUAAAAGUGGAUGGCAUUGUUACUGA